GUCCCCUCUAGCUCAUGCUAGAUUAUUUCAUGCCCUUACUAUUGCCAGUUUCUCUUCUCUAGCCUUCCUCUUUCAUUCUUCAAUUCUUACCUCUAUCCAAAAUUCAACUUCCAAAUGUAUCCAUCUCUAUUGUAUUAAACAGCCUCUUCAAACCACUUCUGACUUCUCAUACUUAUCUGCUAUGUGCGCCCUGUACUUAACUUGAAAAUCUACCCACCACUUUGACCACACCAAGCUCUUGACCCUGGCUUUUCCUUAAAUCUCCACCUAUGACCACUGCUUCUCCAACUCCACCAAUCUCAUCCAACCAAAGGUCUCAUGCUUCUUUCAAUUACAUGCCCAUUCUUCCUUGCUGCCCCCAGAACAUAGGGUGAAUACAUAUGCCAGUUGUCCAUGCCUUCUAAUCUUUCUUAGAUCUUAUCUUCCAAGUGGCCUUUGAUUUAUCCUUUUAAUAUACAUUCCCAACUGCAACCCAGUUUUAGGUACAUGCAACAUUUGCCAACACAUUUCUCUCUCUCAGUCCUCAGUUUCCAUACUUUCUAUUUUAGAUUUAAGCACCUUGGAAGCAGGUUGGUACCUGUGUAAUCCAUGUAAUUAUGUAUGUACUGUACAGCAUGUGCACAAUAACAGGGUACCAAUAAAUAACAGCUGUUUCCUUUAAACUUUAAACUUGUGAGGUGUAAAUCCACCCAACAAUCCUGCCAGGUGAAGGGCAUAUGGUUUGCCACUGUUGGAGGCAGAAUUUAAGUCAUGGUUGAUCUGAUUCUACAUUUGUCCUUAUGAAUGCCAUUCUAGAAUAGUUUGUUAGCAGAAUCAUAUAUUCUACUGCCUCUGAACCCUGCUCUGACAUUUCGUUCUGUACGCUGCAGUUCCAUCAGUCGUCACCCUUAUCCAGAGGCCACAAUUUUCUCUAUUUUGUAAGCCCCAGUUCGACAAACGUGGGCUGGAGGCUGGACUCCAACCGGAGAGCGCUAAAGCGCGCUCACGCGUAACUGCACAGCAGCACAUGCCUCAUCCUCCGAUGUGUAAACACAGCCGCGCAGCUCCCAGCGCCACAGUGACGGGCGUGCGCGCGAGCCAAUACCGCGGAAGAAAUACCCCAGCAACUGAAUUGUUGGUGCUUGAGGGGGCGGGUGCGCGCCCGCCAAUGUCUUCGGAGAGGUGGCGUUCGGAAGCGCAGCCGUACCAAUGGAGGAAAAGGAGUGUGGGGGCGGGGCCCUUUUCUUCCAAUGGCAGCGGCGGAGGGCGUGGCCUCGGGAGCCGCGCCCCCAUGGGCACAAGAGGGUAGGUGUUGGUUGGAGAGGCUGUCACUGGGUGUUGCGCUGGGAGCGAACUCGGUCGGUGGAGAGGCGGCGGCGGCGGCAGCGACGGCAACGGCACCUCUCGAGGGGCUCGAGCAGCGGCGAAGAGUUGUGGCGACGGCAGCCGAGAGCGUCCCCCGUUACCUUCCUCGGCGAGCACAGAUCCUCUUCCUCCGCUCCUCGUCGGUCGUGACGGGCUCUCCCCUUCUUCUCUUUCGCUGCGACUGAGCGCGCCCAGCCAGGCAGGUUGGACGGGAGCGGCCGCCGUCGGUUCUCUUGGUCGUCGGCUGCGCGACCCCAGCUCUCCGCAUGCCGGCCUCGUGGGUGCGUGGCCGCGGAUGGCGCCGUUGAAAAGUCCUCCUCCGCUGUCACGGUUGUGCGGGGACCUUGCGGCGCCCACUGCCUCUCGCCUCCCACUGCUGGCACCGUGAGGCGACUCCCUCCUCCUCCUCUUCCUCCUUCUCUUGGCGGCAACCCACCCGAACCUGCUGCGAGCUCCCCCCGCCAUCUCGGCUGCUGCCCCCGGCGACGUGCUCCGCGGGGCGGCUUCUUCGAACAUGCCUUUGCGCCUGUGCUGCUGCUCUCCGUCGCCGCCGCCGUCGUCCGUGACGCUCUCGGUGCCGCCACAGCUGGUCGUUGGGUGCCUCUCAUGGGCGCUGGGAACUGACUCCCCGCAGGGACUUCUGUGAGGCCGAAGGGAGAGGAGGAGGAGCGGGGAGCGGUGGCGAAAGAGGAUGAACCACGUGGGCAGCCCUGUGAAAGCUUAUGACUUCUUGCUGAAAUUCCUGCUGGUGGGCGACAGCGACGUGGGCAAAGGAGAGAUACUAGCCAGCCUGGAGGAUGGAGCCACUGAGUCGCCUUACGGGUACAAUAUGGGUAAGCAGCAACGGGGUUGUACCUGCGGCCAAGCUCUAGGCCAGCCUCGGUUACUUGGCGGCAGGUAGCUCUUUCUUACACCUGUAGACUGCACGGAGGAAGGUAGUGUUUGUGCAGGGCUGCCUUUCGCGAUUACUGAGUCACCACAGACACCUCCCACACCUUGGCAGUUAUAGGGCAGGGCUUCCAUGACAGGGCAUCUGCCUUCCCAGCUGCCUUGAGCUCUCUGGUAGCCUUCUUUAGAAACUGUGCAGUGGCAGGAAAGCCCAUCGGCUACAGGCUGACGUGUUGUCGUCAUCUGCUUUGAUUAUGCUUCCCACAAUCCACCUUUAGGUUAUUGCAAAUAAUCAGGUUUCACACACCUCCCUUAACGUUAAAAGGUUGCCCAUUCCUGUCAACUGAAUUACAAGGUGUGAGCACAAAUGCACUGUAAAAUUUCCUCGUGAGUCAGUAAAGUUUAUGUUGUCAUGUAGAUGUAAUGGCCAUGGUCAGACUAGCUUGGUGAAACUAAGUGUUCUGUAGACCCAGCAGAGCUACAGGCAGAGGAGACCACAACCCAAAAAGAACCAAAGCACAUACAAGGACACAGCCAAACAAUUUUAUUUGGGCCUCUUCAAGUCAUUUAAUCCUAGUGCUAAAAUGAACUGCUGCCUCCACUUUGUUUUCUUGAAAUCAUGACAGUGAUGCUCACAUUCACACCAAAUUAAAGGAUGCACACUAAGUGGAGGAGAUUAACAUUUUGCUGUGCAUAUAUCGUUGAAGAAGAGGAACGGUGUAAGUUUGUAUUUGGGGUUUGUGUUCUGUGCCAGGCCAGCAAGCUUGUGCUGUACAACAGCUUUGGGAAGUUACAAAGAAUACCUCUUGUUAAACAGAGACUGGAAAGGUUUGCUAUACAGGUCUUGUGCGUCUUUCAGUUUUCUUAGAGUGACCAUCGGGAAUGCUGAGUAUUGGUGGAGAUUUUCAUUUUUUGAAAAAUUAAUCACUUUUCUUAGUUCUUGCAGGUAGCUGUCUGCUGUUUUAAAAGUAUAAACUAUAUGACCAUAUGCAGAAAAUUGGGGAACUUUUUUAAAAAAGGUGAGGACCACAUUUCCUCAGGGAACAGUAGUCUCAGGCUGCCUGCUUACUGGCAGUAGAUACACUGUCAGAGGAAGAGGGGUGCAGUGGGUGCGAUUCACCCUAGGUGUCAUUGGCGUGGGAGGUGGCAUCGCCAUGCCACCCCCCUGGGAUGCUCACCGUGGCUGCACCCCCCUGGGACGCAUGUGUGCCGCUCCGGGUGCCGGAGCAGCUAGCUCCGCCUCUGAGUGGAUAGGUCUGAAGCCAAAAGUGGCUGGGGAUACCUCAUUCACACACAUCCGCGGUGAACCUCCCUUUUAAACUCUACCUUACAUCCACCAACACACUCAUUCAUUCAUUCUCACACUGCCCCCAUGCAUGUACAGCUAUGCACCUUCCUUUCUCAGCAUCCAGAAUGCUAUCUCUACCUCCACUGGUAGCUCACAUGGUUUCCGUGGUAGACACUGAGAAACGUGCAUUACUUUAUCAGCACCUGACAGGGAAAUGGUCAUGUGAUCAUUUCUCCCAUCAGGAGCUUGGUUCUAGAGUAAGGACCAAGGAAAACAAUGUAUAUUACCCCAAUGUAGCAUACAGUGGUACCUCUGGUUGUGAACAGGAUCUGUUCCGGAGGCCCGUUCACAACAUGAAAAGAGCGCAACCCGCAGCGGCGUGUCUGUGCACGCGCAGGUUGCGAUUCGCCGCUUCUGCGCAUGACGUCAUUUUGUGUUUCUGCGCAUGCGCAAGCGGCAAAACCCGGAAGUAACCCUUUCCGGUACUUCCGGGUCACCGCAGGACGUAACCUGAAAGAACGUAACAUGAAGCGGACGUAACAUGAGGUAUGAUUGUAUAUCUUCUUGCUGCAAACAUGGUGACUGGCUGGCCCAUUUUUCUGUCUGAGGUGGAAGAGCAAAUGCUUCCAACUCACCCACUGCCAAGACAAGGUGUCUAGUACUCAGAGGUAGUCAAUUUAUUUUGCACAUGAGGCAGAAAAUCCCACAAGUGUCUCUCCCCUUCUCAGCAGUAAAAAUACGGCAAAUUAAAUAACUUUCGAUUUACUACCCUUUCAUGACACCCCAUAGCUGUCUAAGGCAGCUGUCUCUGCCUAAUAGUAGAGCUGGCUCUCACAGGAGGUUAAGCAUAGGCUCCGAAUGGUAUUACCCUAAUAAACAGAGAGUGAAGAAUUCACAUGUAUUUUAAUCAAGAUGAUGAAUCUUUUUAACCUGCUGAUAUGCAAAAUAUUUAGAACAGUGCAAGACAUCUGGACAUCCGCCUAAAAGUAAUAAAGGUGGAUAAGGGUCUGAAUUAUGUUUUUUUAAAAAGGAAAAGACGAGAAUAAGUAUAGCACAAGAUUAUAAUAGCACUACCAAGUGUUUCUGAAGAACUGAUAUGGAUAGGAUGAGUAUUUUUGGCAUUAACACUGGAACAUUUAUUUAUAGUUCAUUCCUUCAUUGAACCUGACAAAUGAGAGGCUCAGACCAUGUCAGAUGCAGCUGAAAACCUGAACCUAUGCAUCUCUUUAAUUUGAUUUGAUGCAAAGCAAAAUAAAAACUUCCUCAGAAUAUGAUUUCACAUCAAAAAUUUAAUGAGUUCAUUUUUGACGAUGGCUGCACCAUCGAAUGUCAGACUUGUCACUGACUUCAGUAGCAGCAGGAUUGCACCCAUGCAGUCCAGUUCUAAACAUUAUUCAAAUGUAAUUAAUGGGACUAACUUAUUUGUAAAUAAGCAUGGAAUUACAGCAUUAUGGUAUGUGAACACCAUGUUGCCUCUUCCCAGGAGAGAUGGGGACUCACUUUUUGUUCUUCACAGCAUAUUCUUAUUGUAGCUAUUUGCAAAUAUUCAGCUAAUAGUUUCAGUUCAUGAGAUUAUUGUGAGUAGAUUCAGCCUGCCAUUUGAAAUUGAGUCCUUCCCAUCAAGCUGAUCUGCCAGUUGGUACCAAAUCUGCUGGUAGCUGAAAAGGUAGACAUUUCAAGUUGCAAACUGCAAUAGACUUUAGUUGUGAACAGUUCUAGCGUUCCUUAUGUCUGUUGAUAAAUGGUAAAAUGAACCCAUAGAAAUGGAGCAGUAAUCAUUGACUCUGCUCAAGGAAAAAAGAUGAUACAACUUUGUGUGCACCAUUUUGCUGAUAAUUUCAGUCUCCUUUCAAAGUGAAACCUUUUUUCAUUUGCUUUAUGCUUGAGGGGAAAAUGCUGCCUGUGCCAUUAAAUAAAAAUAAUUAUAACUACUUGGGGCAAAGCUGGUAAUUAUUUUCUACAUGCACCCAUUCCUAUUGGGUGCCAGAAGCCUUGAGGCAUGGGGCAAUGGUAGGGUCAGGGUGGAGAUGUCUGAAGAAGAAAAAACACUUCAAGAAAUGUGCUGUGUUUCUGUACAACACGGACAGCAAAUAUGUACAUCAUACACCGCCCAGUAGAAAAGUUCAUCUUAGUUAUUUCUGUAUCUGGAACAGUGUAUUAGGGAGUAGAGAGUGUUCAAGAGACAAACUGAUUCACAAUGGCUCAGUUUGGAUGCCAUAUUUGUAAUGGUUUGGAGAGUCAGGAACAUGCCACAAGUUCACUUACACCCUCUCCUUUCUCUGCUGAGCGCUUUCAUCUGUUCCUGGUUUUCCUCAUUAGAAUUGAUUGGUUUUGGAAAAAAAAAUAUCUAAAGACUCUGCCUAUCCCUUCCUAGGUACACACAUCUAGUUUUUUUUAAGGGAACAGUAGGUGUAACAGCUAUUUUUCCUAUUUAUUAUACAGACUAUAGCACUAAAGGCACUGGAAAAGAAUGUGAAGCAGUAUCACGCAAAGGCUAAACUGUUGUCGGGGCACAUGUCAGAAAUGUCCUUGGUCUGUGGGUUAGAAACAAAACAAAAUGGUCAGACAUCACUUAGGCCCAUAAUGCUAAAGCCUUUUCUUCCCUAAUUACCACAGUUCCUUUGCAGAUGACUUGCUUUUUUGAACCUAAGUUAUGUGGUAAUUUUUUGACCGUUAUCGGGCCUAGUAAACACAGUGCAUUGUCAUCAAAUGUUAGACUGCAUUGGCAGGUUUUUCAGGUUUAACUGUUGAGUAAUGUAUGGGAGAGUUAAGAAGUAAAAUACACUCCUCACAGAAAGCAUAUUCUCCUUUUGUGUGCAAUGGGUUCACACAGGUCUUUUAUAAUUAGAAGACUGACAAUGCAAUCUGGUACAUGUCUAUUCAAAAGUAACUCCCAUUUGGUUUAUUAUAAAUAUUUUAAUAAAUAUGAAUAUAUUACCUUCUGGCUUUUCAUAAGGACCCUGUGCAUUGAUUAAAACAAUAUACCAUCCAUAAAAUAAUAAAGACUAAACUUAGAACUAAACUAAAAAUUAGAAGUCAUACGUUAAAAUAUGUGGGGAAGAGUGGAGAGACAAAACCAAACUGAAAGACAUGGCAAAAUAAACAAGGUUUUGUAGCACACUGAAAUGCAAAUAGAUAAGUCAUGAAUCAGGCAGGCAUCCUAGUGCUGGGAGCUUUAUAGGCAGUUACUACUACUUCAAAUUGUGCUAAGAAACAAACUGGGAAAGAAUGCAGAGUUCUGAAAGGGAAACCCUAGAUGUAAUCUAGGCUGCUGCAUUUUGCACCAGCUGACGUUUGCAUGGACGGAAUGUAAACUACUGGAGAAAUGUAAGAAUCCACAUCCAUUGCUGUGCCUACUUUUACACCUGGCUCCACCCACCAAUGGGGUGCAGCCCCCGCAGGGGACCCAUGAGGGAAUGUGAUCUUCAGGCUGUGAAAGGCUCCCCUCCCUGCAAUAGGACAUGAUCUCACAAACUGUCAGCUUAGACAGGUAUCCUUUACCACACUGUGCAGAAAGCAGGAUUCUAUCCUACACCUUAAAAGCUACUUUAUGGUGAUCAUAGAAUCAGAGAAUUGUGGAGUUGGAAGGGAUCCCAUGGGUCAUCUAGUCCAACCUCCUGCAAUGCCAGAAUCACAGCUAUCAUGGUAUAUAAAAUUUGUAUACGAUAGAAAUUAUCCAAGGCAGUAAUCCUGGCAGGGUCAAAGCAGGUUAACUGUUGUCUUUGCCUGGUAGCCAUUAUGAAUUCCCAGAAGGAUUCUGAGAUUUAAGAGAAAGCACUGGGCAUUGUAACAUAGUAACGGAGGGAGCUGCCUUAUACAGUACUGAGUCCAUCUAUUUCAGUACUGUCCAAAUUGACUGGCAGUGGCUGCAAAGGGAGAUGAUUUCUGGAAACACAUGUUCCCCUCAUACAAGGGGUAUAGAGCCUGAUAACUAGUGAUUUACUGUCACAGUAAAAGUGAGCUUCUUUCUGGCAGCUGAGCACAGGCAUGGGCAUGCUAUUCUUAAUUUUAAAAAUGAUUUUGCUAGUUACAGCACGAAGCAAACACCUACUUGCUCCUCAUUUGUUGUGCUGCGUUGGGUGUUGCAAUCUAUUACAGAUGCAAAUUGUCUCAUGCUAGGCAUAAUUGCCAAAUGUGGCAGAAUUUUGGAAUAGGUGCAAUGAAUCAUGCUUAAAACGAGAUAAUGACUAAUAGCUUAUGAGCUCAGGGAAGGAAGAGAAUAAAACAACAGAAUUUAAGUCUGUAAAAUCUGUGCGCAAUAUUUGAAGGAAGCUCCAUCCUCAAAACAUGUCUGUUAACAUAUUUCAAAGAAUGGCACUUGCAUUACUGAAAGCCUCUGUGGUUGGUCUGCGGUAAUUUUAUACCUCAGUAACUCUCUUCUUUUUGAAAUUAAAAGUUUUGUGUCUAUUCAAAACAACUGUUGAAAAGUCCAGUUCUUCCUUCCUUUCUGAUGGCACUUAGAGUCAUAGUUAUCAAAAGUAAAUUUACUUUGUAAUUUUUUAGUUAUAAAAUUAUUAACAUAUGCUCCUAGGCCAUUGUACAGAUAUAAGUCCCUGUUUACAGGUUCAGAAGCUAUGAAGAAACAAAAGGGAAGGGAAGUGGAGCUGCACUAUCUGAAAGAAGCAAAGUGUUAAAAGACUACAAUAAUGAACUUUAGGAGUAAGGAAGAAACAAACAAAAAAAUCCAAAUAGCACAUCAAGACAGAAGUUUUUAAAACUGUUUCUUCAUGAGAUGAAGGGGCUGGUCAAAAAUGUAAAGGGAAAAUAGUGCUAGACAUAAGAAAGAAAGCAUGGGGAUAAGAAAUAUAACCAUAUAGUAGAGAUUUAAUUAAAAACAUCAGUGCUUUAUUAACAGAGGGACCAAAGAGAAAAAUGGAAAGCAACAGAUAGAAAAGGGGGCAAAAACAUGAACAGAUGUAACCUUCAUAUCUAGUCAUAUUCUUGCCCCUUUUUUCUAUCAGUAUUCCUUCCUGUAUUGCUUUAUGCGAAGUUUAAACUUCUUUUAUUAACCUUUAAGAAGUUUAAACUUCAUGAAGCCUGUGAAGGGAAAUACCGGUAUAUAGAGAGGUAUAAAAUGACUGAAGAAUUAGGAAAGAAAGUAGAAAAGAGAAAACAGAAAUAAUAGGUUUAAACUGAGAAACAGGAAGAUCAGUGAACAAGACAUUUUAGUAGUUAACACACCGUAGGCUGUAGGUCUGAACAAGAAUGUUAGCUGAUAUUAAGAACAAAUUUAGAAAUCUUAUAGAAAUAAAAUUGGCAGAACUUAGGUAGAUAUGUGAGCGGAAAUAGAAAUAGAUCAAAGAUAACACCAAAACCCUUUAACUGUAGAAAAUACUGAAGGUUGGUGCCAAUUGGAACUUUGGAAGAGAAGGCAAAGUAUCUUUUGCACAGUGACAUCCAGGCAGAUACAGACAAUUUGAAAUAAAGUAUUGGUAAAGGGGAGGGAAGGACCAAACAAUAGCGCUUGAAAUCAUUCGUAUAACAGUGGCACAUUGCAAGCCACAAGAAUAAAUUGGAUUGCUAAGAGAAAGCAUAUAAAGAGUGAAGAGAAGAGGGCUUAGAAUAAUAAUUGAGGAAGACUUAAACGAAGCUUUUAUGACACAGGAGUGAAAGCAGGAGUGGAUGGUACUGUCCAGUCCCAAAGAACUGUAAAAGAAGCAGAUAAUGAUCACCUGUACCCAAAGCUGAUGAAAGUACAUAUAGAGAAUGCUGGUGUAUUUCAGAAUAUAAUACUACUUUAGAUUUUCCACAGAGCAAUCUCACUAGAAUGUUUGAGUCAAAAACCAGCUGAAAAGGACCAUAAAAAAUUAGAUGAAAGAAAACUGUCACAUUUAGAUAAGAUUAAGAGGAGCAGUUAAGUCCCCCCGAUCUAAAUCAAUUUUAGUAAAUAUUGGGCCCUCACCACCACACACAAUUUACCUCUUUUGUUUUCGUCAGGCGUUGUCUCAUCUUGCUUUAAAAAUGCUAGCUUCCCAAAACUUGGGGGGGGGGGGGAAUAUAUGUGGACAAUUUUAUGACUGUUGGAAACUAGCAUAUUCAAAGCAAGAAGAAACAAUGCUUGAAGAAAGGUAUAGGUAAGAGAAAAACAAAUCAAUAUUUACUAAAAUGGGAGAGGGAAUUGGAUCAAGAAGAUAAGCAGUACAUUGAAGUGAAGAAAAAAUAGAAAUAGCAUCAAAUGUUUGAAAAUGAAGAAUAAGACAGUGUCCACACUACACCUUUAAAGCACAUUCCCCUCCCUCAAAGAAUUCUGGGUACUGUAGUUUAACCUCCAAAGAGUUAUAAUUUAUAGCAACCAAUAACAAACUUCAGCACUCAGAAUUAUUAGAGGAAAAGAAUGUGCUUAAAAUGCACUAUAAAAGUAUAGUGUGUAUACUGCCUAAAGAGAUACAAUAAAAUUGAAGGAGUAGGAGGAAUAAUAGAACAGGAAGAAAAAGGAGGUGAUGAAGAACAACAACCAACAUAAAUAACAUUUCUGUUAUUCAUUCCUCUCUCUUCUUCUGACCGUAAUAUACCUCCUACUCCUUCCAUUUUAUUAAGUUACUUAUUUGGUACUUAGAUUUACUGAAAUCAUUUAGAGUUGUUUCCAGGGAACUAAAACUUUUAAGACGGUGGUAUUGGUGUACUUUUGAUCAUAGUCUAAACUGUUUGAAAUCGCAUCAUAAAAGGCAAAACCCACAGCAUUUCAUAGUGCAUGUGAAUGAUUAAACAAUACUAUCUUGCAGAGAAGCUGAAAUUUAACAAUGUUCUAAUAGGGCAUGCAGAACAACUAUGUAGUACUUUGGUCAAGCUGGUGAAUGUUAAAUCUCAAGAUCCUUGUAUAAUGUCAUUCCUUGCUAGUUCAGAAUGCUGUUGUCUAGCUGCUCUCCCUUCACAUGUUGUCUUUCCUUAACUGCUACAGGACAGCCCAGUCCUCGAAAUGUAUUUAAGCUGGGCCAACAUAAUCAGUUUGUAUGUACAUAUAUUAAUACUGAAACCAACUUGUGUCCUGUUGCUUUAGUAGAGAUCCUAUAACUUUUUUGAUUUGCACAGAACUCAUGUGAAACAGAGGUCCCACCCCUUUUGCAAAUAUAAAUAUUUAUGCUGGAACAGGGAGGCCAAGGGCGUGGGCCAAGUGAGCAGAGAGGAAGGAUCUAUGCGGAAUUCUCUGGUCAGUUGCAAAGAACAGGCCAAGCAAGGAGAGGAAGCAGACAUAUUAUCACAACAAUCCCCAUCUUCCCUCAGUCUUAGCAAGGCCUUUUGCAUGUUUGUUUUUUAAAAAAAUAUCCCAGCGACUGAUUCCUCAAUGCCACCUUUUCAUCUUCCUUUCUUCAUUCCAUUUCUUCAUGCAACUAGUACCGUGAGAUGUGAGUGACAGCUCAAAGGACUAGGCUGCUAAACCCUACUAAUUCGGAGUAUGAUACCAGAAAUAAAUGUCGUUCUUUUUUAACUUUGCAUGCUACAAGCUUAAUGGUUGUGUAAUUAUACACUUUAAAUCAGAUAGACAUACAUAACUGUAGUAGAAACAGGUUAUCAGAAUUGAGAACUGCCCUCCAUGGUUCCUGAAAAUAAUCAGAUUGUGGUUGGACGCUUGGCAGAGUAAAAUAAACUUGCCAAAACAAUUACAUUUAAUUUCUUGACUUUUAAUAUUAACUGAUAUGUUUCCACACAGUUGGUUUUUUAUGCUUAAGUGUAAGACAAAUAGUUUCAGUUAAUAACCUGCAUGUUUGCCUGAUACCUGUAAAACUAUUAGAUUGUUAUAAAACAAGGGAUGGAGGAUCUGUUACCAUGGAUAUUGAAAUAAAAUCAGAUAUUACUUGAUUAGCUUCUUAAACAGAGGCUGAAACAAUGCCAAAAUUUCAACUAGGGGUGGGCUACAAUGAUUACUUAGUAUUGGAAAAAGCUGCUGCAGUGCUCUUUAGUUUCCUCCCUAAAUGCUACUCCUGCCAAAAUGAAAAAAAUGUGAAUAUGGAACUAUUGUCUGCCUUGAAGACAGCCACUAUCUUCUUCCUUCCUACCCAAGCCCUGUAGCUCUCCGUGUCAAAUAGAAAACAUGGUAGUUUUAUGCAACGUGUUAAUUUAAUGCAGAUAAAUUAAUGCAGAUUAGCCCCUUGCGUAGGCACUGUUAAUCCAUACUAAGAGACUUAAUUAAAUGCAGCCUGUUUGGAGCAAGGUUAAAUGUAAAUGAGCAAACAACAUUUUCUCUUUUUUUAAAGAUUAUCUACCCAGGACCUUAGAUACUUUUUGCAGAGGAUUUGUGCCUGUUUGAAGAGGGAUACAUUUAUACAAUGUGAGAAUAGGAGAAACCAAGUACAAAGCCAUUUAUCACACAUAAAUAUCAGAAUGUGAUAUGGAAAGACAAUUAUAUAAGCUAUUGCAAUGUAAUAAGAAAAAUGGAAGGCUUGGCUUUUGUAUUUUAUUGAUUUUCAUGAUUUACAGUGGCAAAAAAGAUACAAAUCUGAAGAUGCUUUUAUGUAGUCUCUGGGGUCUUCAUGAAUUCAUGAUACCAGAUUUUGUCCUUCAGCAUUAGACAGGUAGUUUUAAAAAUGUGAUAGUCAAAGUACUAUAAAUUAUAAACAUUUUAACAAGCAGGUAAAUUAAAAGCUUACAUUUUGAGUGACUGUGUAUCAAAAUCUAUGGGUUUUAAAUAUGCAAUUAUUACCCCAGCCCGCCCCAAGAGUUUACUUAAGUGUCUCAUAUGAGCCCUUAAUAAUCCUUCUCUGUCCCCUGACCUUUGCAGGAGGAAAAAAGGGCCACUCUACUGCUAUAGAGGCCCUAUGUCUGAAAUUCUGACUCAGUAGCUAAAUAAGCAUACAGACAGAAUAAAAAUGAGUAGUCAUCUUGUUCAGAAUCACGGGAGAGAGAAGGAAAAAAUUGCUACAGGGAAGAAGAAAAGUUGUUUCCUAAAUAAAGAUUAAAAAACCCAUAAGAUAACAGCCUCACCUACUAGAGUAGUGAAUUUAAAGAAGAAAUAAGGCGAUACUGAAACAGCAACAUAUUGUGUGGCUAGGGUAGUGGUGGGUAGCCUGGUUCUAUUUUGUUGUUGUUAUUAAAAGAACUACAUAUGCAUUCCUCAUCUACAAUUGCAAAACUGCUUUAAUGAUUGGAAGUGGAAGUUGACUGAUUAAUCCAGAGAUGUCAUUGGCACAAGCCAAUAGGCAGCUGAAGUAUGCAACAUUUUGGACAAUUCUAAUAAGCCCUAGAAAUAAUCAAGUGCAGUGCAUAACAUGUAAUAUUUCUCUCUGUCUCCUCUGAAAGGUUUUUUCACAUAUAGUUUGAAGCCUGUACAACGAACACUGCAAAAGCAGUCUGACUAAAACCCUUGUGGAUAAUAUUAGUAAUAAUAAAGUACACAUGCCAUACUACCCACCACCCAUUGCCCUAAAAAUCUGGUGCCUAUUUAAAAAAUGGGGUGGGGGUGGCGGCAUGGCUGUCCCUAGCAGCUUCUGCAUGCAAAGUGGGUGCUUUUCCACUGGCCCUUCCCUAUAUACUGGACUUUUUAAAAAAAACAAAAAUGGGUUGGUACUAUUAAAGUGAUUUAUCAUAGGCAUUUCUCGCUUGGUCGCUUUGUAGAGUGAAAAAAAUAGGCAUGCUUUUAGUAUUUUAAAAUUCUGCCUUACCUCCUCCCAUCCCCAGGUAUUGAUUACAAGACGACAACAAUACUCCUGGAUGGCCGUCGAAUAAAGCUGCAGCUCUGGUAACUUUGCAUUAUGUUCUCUGUUUGGAUUGUGCCAUUGUGCUUUGAAAACAAUUCAUAGUGGACGUAACACUGCUUGGAUGCGAUGUCAUAUUUACUGUAAAGUUGACUACAAAUAUUUAAUUCUUAUAACAGUUAAGAACAGGUCAUACUACCCACCAGCCUUUUGUACUAAAGAGCUAUAGUUGAGGACAAGGGAGCAGUUGCGAAAUUAAUGGGUUUCUCUGUAUAUGUGCAAGGAGCCUAAGUAGUAUUAAAUGAUUGGUGAAUAUAUUAUAGGAGUACAUAAUCACCCAUGUAGAUUCAGUGGACGAUCCUGCUGAAAUGCAUGAUGUCCAUGUGGUUUAGCGGUUAGAGUACUGGAUUCGGACUUGGAAGACCAGGGUUCAAAUUCCCACUUAUCCAUGAAGCUCACUAGGUGAUCUUGGACCAGUCUCUGUCUUUCAGUCUCACGUACCUAACAUACCUAACCUGGACUGCUUUUCCCCCUAAGGCAAAGGGUAGAAUACUAAUAAAGAGAGCAAAACAGAAAGACCAGCUAAGAAUUCAACAAGAACACUGUUAUUCAGAAUGGAAAGGACUAUGUAUUUUUAACUGUAUUUUACCUUCCACAGGGACACAUCUGGGCAAGGCAGAUUCUGCACCAUAUUUCGUUCCUAUUCCAGAGGGGCCCAGGUAAUCACAAUUCUGCCAUCUCUAAAAUAUGUCACUGUAGAGAAUUAACUAAAAGAAAAGAGCUACAAUAAGGGGUGGGGGAACUAUACUUACUUAUUGUACUACUUGCUUUCAAAAAUUGUUAUACAAUUUGUUGCUGCUGAAUAAAGGGAGCAUCCUUUGGGUCACCAGAAAUAAAUUAUUUUAGAGAAAUGUUCAGAUUUGUUAAGUCCUCAGUCUGCUCCUCUUUUUCCUGGUUAAAUAAAGGAAUGGUUACACAAAAUUGUAUGGUGUACUGUGUACCUUAUCUACGUGUCAGGCUGAUCUAAUCUUCUUUAUUCACUCAGGGCGUGAUAUUGGUAUAUGAUAUUACAAAUCGCUGGUCAUUUGAUGGCAUUGAUCGAUGGAUAAAGGAAAUAGAUGAGGUAAGACACAUCUCUGAAUGCUGUGACAUGUGAGACAUUUUGCAGAUAAAAUUGCUUAUAUCCUGUUUGCCUUAAAGUCAUUCCCUUUUUCAAACCCUAUAUUUGGACUUGGAUGACACCAACUCUUGUCCAGUUCCAGAUCUUCCUCUUAUAACAUGCAGCAGGUGGCCUGUCAGAUGAUUCUAAGCAUUCCUGGUGCUCAUUAUUCUACUUGAUCAACAGCAGUCUGACUUCUGGCUUGGUUUUCAAACUGGGACUGCUGUAGUUGCCUUGGUGAAUGAUUUUCAUCUUCAGUUGGUUGUGGUAACUCUAUCAGACACAUUUGAUAUGAUCGACCAGAAAGUUUAUUCUUGAAACUUUUACAUACCCAUAAUUCUAUGUUGAAGGGUUGUUGUUGUUUUUUAAAAAAAUAAAAAUUCUGCAACUUAUAUUUGGCAAAGCAAUACAUUUUUUUACCACCUGCUGAUUCUGUUUGGUUAUUAUAAUUUCUUGUAUUGGGUUUUCUUGAUGGAAUCCACCUAUAGCACAGCACUAUGGACAAAGGGAAUUAAAGAGUUGUUGUUACUGUUGUUGUUAAUAAUCAGUAUUUUGUUGAAGAAGAGGGUGUGAGACUUCUAAGCUAACAUUUUGCUGUCUAUCUUUACUUAGCAUGCUCCUGGUGUACCCAAAAUCCUUGUUGGCAACCGCCUGCAUCUGGCCUUCAAACGACAAGUAUCUACUGAGCAGGCACAGGCCUAUGCUGAAAGAUUAGGCAUGACAUUCUUUGAAGUAAGCCCACUCUGCAAUUUCAACAUCACAGAGUCCUUUACGGAACUUGCAAGGAUUGUGUUAAUGAGACAUGGAAUGGACCGGCUGUGGAGGCCAAACAAAGGUAAGUAACACAAAAUCAUUUGCUUUAUUGCAACGGAGCAUCUAACUCAUGAGCCAGCUCUGGGCCUGCAAGCCACAGGAAGUGGUCCACUAGUCCCAUGAAGCUUUUAUCUCCUCAUAUCUGUGUUGUGACGCUGAGCACAAGAUGAGGAGCUAAUCUUUAAAGAACAGGCAUAGAGAAUGGAAAAGGAAUAGGAAGACUUUUGCCCCACUCAAAGAGAGAGUGAGAGUGUUGUGUAUGUGUUUGCGUGAGAGAAUGCUGUGUGCUUGCAGAUGUGGUGAGUGUGGUGUAUGUGUGUGUAUGAGAGAGUGCUCUGUGUGUGCGUGUGUGCACACAUGCAGCAUAAAUAUACAUUGGCCGUGCCGGGGAACUAUGUUAAAAAACUAAUGGUGGGGAGCAGUAUGCAGGUUGUAGAUUAGCCACCCUGCUGUAAACAGUAUGACAAUUGAGCGCCAAACUUGGGAGCACCCUUCCUCCCCACUCACUUCCCUUGUCUGCUUUGACCAUGCUCAGCAUUGCAUCUGUACUAGUACUGGACAUGGUUAACAUUUACAAUUUCCAGAGAGUGAGUCAUGCUAGUCUCUUGCAGCAAAAACAACAGAGUCUUGAACAAAUUUAUCUCUCCUUCUCUAAGGUGGAAAGGUGGAUGGAAGGAGAAUUUCUACCCCUAAAUAAUUUGAAUAAGUACCUGCAAGCUAUACAUGGGUUGUUAGAGAAAAGGAGGUGACUAAAGUAGAUGUUCAAGCACUGAAGUACUGUUUACCUAAUAUUUACUUCCGUGGGCCCCUGGAAUUAUGCUGCCAUCUAGAGCUGGAGGUUGUAGUAUUGCUUUAAUUUAAUUUAAUUUAAUUUAUCUAUUUAUCUAUUUUAUUUAUUUAUUUAUUUAUUUGGCUGUUUUUCUUUUCAGGGGGAGGGUUAUGUGUUGUUACAAUUUUUUGUAUUUUCUUCUUACCCAUUUUCCCCUUGUUAAAUCGUUGCAACAUCACCUUUAUUCAUGGAGGCAAGCCAUGGUUAUGGGGAUUCAGGGUAGAAUUAGGAAGGAACUUCAGAAGCAGUGAAAAGAAACAGAACCCGAGAGCUCUGAAAAAUACAGUGAAGUCAAAGUUGUGCACUCAUGUCACCUUGUGGCUAUUUAGAAUCAUGUUAUGACUAAUCUUCAUUCAUGUUUUUGCUUCUUGUUUGAAGUCCUGAGUCUGCAAGAUCUUUGUUGCCGCGCCAUAGUUUCAUGCACCCCAGUGCACCUUGUGGACAAACUUCCACUCCCUGUUGCCUUAAGAAGCCAUCUCAAAUCGUUCUCUAUGGCCAAUGGACUUAAUGCUCGGAUGAUGCACGGACGUUCCUACUCUCUCACUGCCAGCAACAACAACAAAAGAAAUAGUCUGAAGAAAGCCAAAAUUAUCCGUCCACUCCAGAGCCCUCCGAAACACUGCACCAGAAAUAGCUGUAAAAUCUCCUAAGCCUCUGCUUGGAAAGGUUUGGGCCAGAGCCUUUAACACAAGGACUCAUAGUCAGGUCUGUUGUAUGUAUUGCAUUACAGAAACAGAACAAAAAAAAUGCUAUUUUAGAGUCAUUUGUUUUAAAUAAUGCUGCUUCCAGAUGUGUGAUGCACUCUGUGCAAACAAAGGGAUGUGAAACUUUGCUGUUGGGUUUUUUAUAUAUCAAUUUUUUGAUGUGCAUGAAGACUUUGUGUGUUUUAUAAAGGGAAUAAUUUAUCACACUACUCAGCUUUCGAUGACACUAAAUCUCAGAAGUGAGUUGUUUUAAUUGCUCAAAUAUUGUUUAAUCACUACAUUUUAUUUGCAGUUAAAUAGGAAUCAGUGUCCGUCUGUAGAUGCAGGCAGUUUUUUAAACCACAAUGUAUUGUAUACAUUGUAAAAGCUACAAAUUCUGUAGUGCAACAAUUAUUUGUGAUGUUGCAGUAGAGCAUCUGAAAAUGGUUUUGUACUGUUUCCUCAGUGAUUUUGAAGCACUGCUUUGAGCUACCAGUGUGUAAAUGCAAUAUACACAAGAUUUUCUCCCAUCCAUGUAUAAAAUAUUUGAUAAAAGUUUUGCUAUGUUGUUUAGGAAUUAAUCUGUGGUUUAUAUGCUUAUUUUUCUGGUAAAUCUACAUUUUUGUAAUGGAUAUUCUAGUGAUCAGUUAUAUUGCAAAAAAAGCCAAAGACAUCAGAUGUAUUUGCCACAUAGCAGUAAGAAAAAUGUGAUUUGAAAAGCUGCUUUAUCGGGGAAAGGACGCUAUUUAAAAAUAAAACACUUUUUAAAAGCUCUAAAAA